UACAUAUUUUGUGGAGUCUUCUAACCCUUCAUCUAAUCUCCUACUUUGACAUUCGAGUCUGUCAUUUCUGUGUGAACUUUGAUCACCCUGUCAACCGAGCACUCAUUGCUAUGACACGUUUCACGAAAACAAUAAAAGAAUGGACACAGCAAUCGAAACGAACGACUUCGGCCAGGACCGGUUAUUGAGCUUAUCUGGCGAAGAAGAUGGUCGACAAGAGACGGCUCAACUGAUCAGGAAGGUGUACUGCUUGCUCUUUUUAAGGAUUCUGUGCUUGACGGUGAUGGAGUGCUACGCCAUCUACGACGAAUCAAUCAGUGCCUUCUUCUCGGGAUCAGGUGGCGGUGUCGUUAUUGUCAUGAUCUGGUUAAUUCAAAUCAUUCUAUCCGGCUACACGUCGUUAUCGAACCGUUUGGGACCCGACAAUCCAUCCAACCAAAAUCGAUUCGUUGCCUUAAACGUCAUGGAGUGCCUAGUUUAUUCUGGAGCUGCAUCCAAUCUCUACCACUUGGAAAAGAUUCAGCUUAUUGAUGUUUUGAUUCUCAACGGCUCGCUGGCCAUCUUUCACUUGGGUCACGUGCUAUUUUUCUUGAAUCCUUGGCUAUGCUACCACGGGCUUUACGGAGCAUUUCACGCUGCUCUGUGCAUCGGAACGCCUCUGCUAGCGCUCAAUGUGAGCUUCUUACACGCAGCUUCCGGUAGUGAUCCGUCAGAGAGAGAUGAUCCAUCUCGUGGCAAUUGGCAGUCGGUUGAGAUUGCGUGCGUGGGCCUGAUGUGCUGUUUGUGGUAUUCGCUGGAGACGCACGUUGUCGUCUGGAAGAGACAUCGCUUCCGCUUCGAACAACAUCAGGAUUGCUCUUUCGUCAUGUUAUGUUUCGCUUACGCCGACGUUUGGAAUGUUAUGGCCAAGUGCAGGUUCUUCGUAACCAAAUCGAGUGAAACGGCUACGCAGAAUGGCAAAGUCGCAAACACGCGUGCAAACGCUGAACGGCUACUUGCCGGUUGACUUCCGACUCUUUUCAUUUCGCAUCGGUUUUUUUUUAAGUAACUAGGAGUAUAAGCGGAUGUGUGCCUCUUAUGGAUUCUUGGAAUGGUUACCUCUCCUUUACAACGCAUAACUACGACGGAAGGAACUCGCACGUGAUCUUGGCUCACAAAUCGAUCAACCGACAGUCGGAACUCGUGCCGUUCCUAUUUUCCGACUGAAUUCGAAAUAUGUAUAUAACCGACACCGAGCAUUCCAUGGUUCCACUUGCGCUGAAAAAAAAACGGGAUAAACAAAACAGCCAUUAAUCAAUGUGUUCUUUUCAUUUUAGCUCAUUAUCUCUAAGGAGACAUGUUUUUUUUUUCUUAGGGGCUGAUAAUGCUUAUUA